UGCAGCUCAACUGGACCAAAUGACCGAGCAGAUAAUUGUAUAUUUAUCUUUAGACGUUAUUUAUGACAGAUUUUAACAUAUAUGUACUGAAUUAUGUUAGGCUAUAGCCUAUACUUGUAAUUGGUCAUUUUGCCAUGCGUAAAUAUAAAAAGUAAAGACAUAACGAUCUGGAUCUUGAGUAAAUUCCCUUCGAUGCAAACAACUGGUUCACUUUGAUUACUAACCCUAAACUGCACAAAGGCUCUCCGAGAGACUGGACCCCACCCACCGCCUGAUGCAGCGCAGGCCUGUCAUCAUGAAGAUAUACUGCCAAUAUGUGUUCUAAUUAGUGCAGUUUUCUUCUUAAAUUACAAUUUUUGUUCUGAAUUUGAUUUGAUUCAACGUAAUGCUUCAUCGUUGCCAGAACCAUGAUUUCCGAGGACAGCGGAAGUUACAACUGUGUCCUCAGAAACCCGUCCGUGUUGGAGCAACAAUCACAUCCAAGAUGGAGACCGUUACCGCUGGACAAAUGAUGAGCCUGGCAGCUCUCCAGAGACAAGACCCGUACAUUAACAAACUGCUCGAUGUUACCGGACAGGUGGCUCUCUACAACUUCAACUCCAAAGUGAACGAAUGGGAGAAGACCGACAUUGAGGGCACCCUGUUUGUUUAUGCGAGGUCUGCCUCGCCUCACCACGGCUUCACCAUCAUGAACCGACUGAGCACGGAGAACCUGGUGGAGCCGAUCAACAAAGACCUGGAGUUCCAACUGCAGGACCCCUUCCUUCUCUAUAGGAACGGCAACUUGGGUAUCUACAGUAUUUGGUUCUAUGACAAGAGGGACUGUCACCGCAUCGCUCAGCUGAUGGUCAAGAUUGUCAAACAAGAGGCAGAGCACGCCCAGAGAAAUUCCCCAGAAAGGGCAGCGCCAACGAGGCCCAACGGCGUGGCAGAAUCACGGCCCAUCGACAUCCUGGAACUGCUCAGCAAAGCCAAGGAGGAAUACCAGAGAGCUCAGGCAGGUGAAGAUGUGUCUGCAGAGCCGAAUGGGAAAGCAGCUCUCAACGCCGCCGUGCAGGCGCACAGCAAACCACAACCUGAGAAGAGCUCUCACACGAUGGUGAAGCAGAUCACAGUCGAGGAGCUCUUUGGCUCGUCUUUUACCAAGGACCCCCCACAGAACACCACCACUGCUUCCAGUGACAGUGACCCCUCCACCGCUUACCUCCACAACCAGUCGUAUCCCACGCCAGCCCACCCAAACCCACUCUUUCCUCCCCAUCUCUCAGCCCGAGACCCCGGGUCAAGUCAGCGGCACCAAGUCCCCGGCCUGCUCCCAGCUGCCUACGCGAUGCACCCCGGCCCUGUUUUCACAUCGGUGGUCCCGAGGUCUGACCCCCAACCUCAGUGUUCAGUCUCCCCUCUUAUGGUGCUUCCAGCUGGCUUAGAGGCGUGUGCUGCUCCGCCGGUUCCCGCAGCUCCAUCAUCAGCUCCUCCUGCAUAUUUAGGUCAGGAGAUACUCGACACUCUGAAAGCGGCAGUGCCCUCUGUGAACUCGGACAUCCACAAGCCCAUCCUCGCACCCAACUUCCUGCCAAGUGCGCUGUUCCCACCCCACAGCUUCCAGGAGCCCAUGGGCAAACACCUUCUGAAGCACAGCAGUGAGAUGAAUGUUUUUUCUCAGUCUCCAAACCUGAUCAAACCAAUGUCUGCGGUCCCCAUGAGUCCAGGUCUUGCGGUUCCAGUUUUGCCGAUCUCUGUGCUUCUCUCCCCGAGCGCCUUCCAGCAGUCCACCAAUAAGACGGCAGCGUCGGCGGUCCCCCCGGCCCCCGUCGAGCCCUCCCACGCCUCUGCAGGAGCUUUAGAGCCUCCACAAGCAGCCUGCAGCAAAACACAUCUUCAGGAUACGCUGAUUCACCUCAUUAAGAACGACCCAGACUUCCUCGGUGCCAUUCAUGAUGCCUACCUGCAGAGUUUGUCCAAGGACCUCAGCAACAUGAAGCUAUAGUCCUCGUCAAGCAUCAUCACACUCACUAUCAGCGCUGACCCCUGCGUGACCUUUGAAGACUCAAGUGAAUGGGACGUAAAGGAAGACGACAGGUUUUUGACACGCUGCACAACCAUUCAACACGCGUCCGUGUUCUGAGAUCCUCUCACUGCUCCUGCCUCUCAACAUGAUGGUGGGUUUUUUUCGUCUCAGCUGAACUCUUCAGCUGUCUCGGCUACCUGCGUUACCGUGGAUCUACUUUGCGUCUGCUUUGCCAAACCAGAACUACUUUUGACCUUUUAUGAAAGAUGAUUUUGCAGUUUGAACAUUGUGGGAAUCGGAGACGCUGCUUCUCUUACUCGUCUCGCGUCUUUUGGCUUCUCGCAGUGCGAGACGGUCGGACCAGUGAGGACACACGAAGAAGAAGAAGAAGAAGAAGGAGGAUCUCUGUGGGGACCUCAGAACUGUUGUGGGGUUCUUUGCAGACAGACUCUGUCUCUCUCUCUCUCUCUCUGUCUCUUUCUCUUUCUCUUUCUUUCUCUCUCUCACUCUCUGUGUGUGUGGACUACUCAUUUUCCUUUUUUUCCACUUCCCCUCUUCGUAAUGCCGAGGCCUGUUCGAACAGCCAUCACAGUUAUUGUUGAUUUUUGUGGUCGUCUCUUAAUAAGGAGGAGAUUGUUCAGGAUUUUGGUUUGGUAUUUUUCAACCCUUGUGCAAGGAAGAUGAAGAACCUUCGGCAUUGUUUCAAGAAGCUCCUCGUCUCUGCUGUUUAUUAAUAGCUUUUAGGGACACCAGCGUUUUGGGAUACUUUAUGACGGUACAGUUAAGCUACAUUUAACUCAACCUCAGGAUUCUGGUUUGGCAACAAUUUAUAAUUCAAAUAUGAGAAGAAAAAAAAAAUAGCUAUUAAUUUUUGAGUUAUUGUUAAUAUUCCCAACUUUUUAAUAUUACAUUUCUUUAAAAACAAAUCAAGGAGCUGAUGAUUGGCACACUAAUGAUGACAAAUAUAAACUGCGUCCAGUCCCUUUUCCAGCCCAAAAUAAAGUCUUGCGUCACAAAGACUUAAAGACAGACUUGUUCUUUGUUGGGUUUCUUUGCAGUACGAGGUUACUGCAGCACAGAGCCGUAGAACCGGGAGAAGCUCACCGGCCUCAUCGUGUGCGACACUGACCGGCUGUUCUAUGCUUUUUGUGAUGAACAAAGAAAACCAAUCCAACGUAGAUCAGAAAAUCAGGUUUCAAAGAUUAUGGGGAACAGGUUUAUUAGCGUGUGUCUCGUGGGCCUUUCGGUAAACAAUGUAAACACGGACAUUUAGGUUUACGGUUCGGUGAUGUUUGAUGUCAAUCGUCGGCUCAUGGGUGUCAUCUGUCUUAUUUUUCACAAAAUACCAAGCAAGUCAUUCCACAUGGCGACCUUAGCAGAAUACUUUUUUAGGUUUAACAAACAUGAAUUGCAAAGAUAACGGCUCUUUUUGAAUUUAUGAAUGUUUUAUUGCAGAAUGUCAUGUAAUCCACGUUUGGAGAUAAUUGAGGGAGUGAUGCUGAAUCUGCAUGAAUGCCUGCCUCGAUGGUGGUACUACAGCUUUGCAUUAUGUCCUGCUAUCUGAAUGUAUGUGAUUUGUUGCAGUAUAUAUGUGCCGGUCUAUUUUCCUCCUGCAUAUUUAAGCUGAACGUGCUUUCAGUAACAGCUGUUAAUCAUGUUUUUCUUUCCCUUUUGGAUUUCGCAAAAUUAAGAUUUAAAUUGCGAACAUGACAUCACAUCCUUUGUACACUUAUUUGCCCUGUUUAUAAUUUUUCAAAAGUAAUCUUUCCACCAAUUCUGCAAUGUGUUUGAUAAAUAAACUCACAUGGGAGGAAUUGUUGAAAUCGGUUGUUUUAAUCCAGGGCAUAUAUUUAAGAUUUUAAGGUUAUUUUAUGCUUUGAUAUAAUUGGCCAGAGAUAUAAUUUUGGAAAAUUAUUUUCAAAUUAUAAAAUGUUCUAAGAUUGUUGCCACUGUACAUAAUUUGGUUUAUUUUUGACUAUUUUGUGAUAUUAAAGAGUUGAAAUAGA